AUGGCCGAAGACGAGUCCACCCGCCGAAAAACCAUCACAUUCCCCCCUUCCCUCUCCCUCAAACCACCCUCCGUCAUCCAACGCCCCAGCACAGGAGGAACGACGUCCAGCGAAGAAGAAGAAGCCCCACACCCACGAACACCAACACCAACGAAACCCCCUCCCCCAAAAUGGAAAGACCGAUGCAAGAAAUUCCUAGGCCUAUCAACACCCAACACCCACGAAGCACAGGAAAGAGGCCGCGGGAACGAACGCGAAGGGGAUAUGGAGUUUGGGGUUGAGGGAGGGAUCAAGCCGUACAAUGAGAAGGCGGCGGCGAGUCUGCCGGAGAUUAUCAGUGCGAGGAGGUGGAGGCGGCCGAGUCCGUACCCGGAUGGAGGAAAGAGACCGCAAGCCACUCGUAGCAAGACGGCGCCUCAGAUCCGUGUCUUUUCGCCAGAGGAACAGGGUCAGGUUGAUCAACGGCAAGGCGAUGGUGACAACUACGACGGCGAGGAGUGGGGGGCGAGAGCGCUGGGGACUUGA